CGUCACUGUAACUUGAUCUAAAUUAGUGUGUUUUUUCUCUUCCGGGAUGCUCAUUCAUUUUUUUUCCUGUUUAGCAAGUUUGCUGUAAAGACAACAUCUGAAAGAAAACGAGAACACGUUGGCAUGUCGACGGUGAAGUCCAGCGAGGGGAGGGUAGAUGUGGGCGGGCAGUCUCUGUUUUACCGGCAGUUCCAGCCCGCUGAGGGGGCAGCAAGCCUAGCGGUGCUGCUGCUGCACGGGAUCCGGUUCUCAUCAGAGACGUGGCUCAAGCUGAACACUCUGGAGCGUCUGGCUGAGGCCGGCUACCGCGCCGUCGCUAUUGAUCUGCCAGGACUUGGCAAUUCCAAAGAAGCAAAGGCCCCGGCCCAGGUUGGUGAGCCGGCUCCUGGGAGUUUCCUGAAGCAGGUGUCCGAGGGGCUGCAGCUGGGCCCGGCUGUGGUGAUCAGCCCCUCCCUGAGCGGGAUGUACUCCCUGCCUUUCCUCUUCCAGCACAAUGACCUGGUGAAGGCCUACAUCCCCGUCGCACCUAUCUGCACGGAGAAGUUCACAGCAGAACAGUACAGCAGCAUCGAGACUCCAGCCUUAAUUGUCUAUGGGGAUCAGGAUACCCAGCUGGGGGAGGUCUCUUUCAACAACCUGAAGAAUCUGUCCAAUCACAAGGUGGUUGUGCUGCAGGGGGCGGGGCACCCUUGUUACCUUGACAAACCAGGAGAGUGGCACAGUGCAGUGCUGCAGUUCCUGCAGUCACUGUAACUCCAGAGAGGAAAGCGUCGCUCUUAAAGGGAGACGGUUAGAAGGAUACACAUUUAAAUGAAUAUUUUAAGACAUGAUUAUUAUUAUAUACUCGACAAGACAUUAAGCACAAUAGCCUUUAUGGACCCUAUAAAACCAAUACGCUACAGAAAUCGUCUGGUCAACACAGUAUAUAUAUAUAUAUAUAUAUAUAUAUAUAUAUAUAUAAAAUGACAUUGUUCCUUGAAGGGUUUUUAUGAAUUAUAAAAGGACCAGAACAAAUUGACUUUAUGGGAGUAGUUACCCUACUUUUAUAAGAAACACAUGAUCAGUUUGUAAGAAAAUAAAGGAAACAUUGAAAUUGAAAA